AUGCUAUCCACUCUUCGCGGCUCCACCAGGGCCUUAUCUCGCAAGGUUUCCAUCCCAGUUACCACUAAAAUCCAACAGGCUCGUCCAAUUCACAACACAGUUCACAAGCAUGCCGUCGCUGCAGCUGCUAAGGUCGCCGUCGACUCGGUCUCUUCAUACGAGCCGUUCUUCCCAAAUGAACCUACAAAGCCAAGUGUUAAGACCGAGAUUCCCGGUCCGAAGUCUAAGGUUGCAAUCACCGAGCUAGACGAGGUCUUUGAUACUCGUAGCUUGAAUAUGAUCUGUAACUAUGAGAACAGCAUUGGUAAUUAUGUCUCUGACCACGAUCAUAAUGUCCUUCUCGACGUCUAUGCCCAAAUCGCCUCUAUCCCAAUCGGCUACAACAACCCCGCCCUCUCUGCCGUCGCUUCCUCUCCAGAAAUGCUUACAGCCCUCAUCAACCGCCCAGCACUCGGAAACUUCCCUCCAGCAUCAUGGACAAAUACUCUCAAAUCUGGAAUUCUCUCGGUUGCUCCUAAGGGCCUGAACCAGGUUUUCACCGGCAUGUCCGGCUCCGAUGCCAACGAAUGUGCCUACAAAGCCGCGUUUAUGUACCACCGCCGCAGGGAGCGUGGCGAAGGUGCUCCAUUCACCGAAGAGGAAUUGAACUCUGCGAUGAAUAACCAAAAACCAGGUAGUCCUGAGUUAGCCAUCAUGUCGUUCAAAAAGGGAUUCCACGGACGUCUAUUUGGUUCAUUGUCGACUACUCGUUCCAAGCCGAUCCAUAAAAUCGAUAUUCCAAGUUUCAAUUGGCCGCAGGCUCGGUUCCCACAAUUGAAGUAUCCGUUGGAAGAAUUUGUGGCUGAGAAUCAAGCCGAGGAGGCGGCUUGUAUCGCAGAGGUUGAGGAGGUCCUUACGAAAUGGCAUUGUCCGGUUUCUGCGGUUGUUAUCGAACCGAUUCAGAGUGAAGGAGGAGAUUUCCAUGCUAGUCCGAAGUUCUUCCAGGAUUUGAGGGCUGUUACACAGAAGCAUAAUGUUCUAUUGAUCGUCGAUGAAGUUCAGACAGGUGUCGGCGCAACCGGCAAGUUCUGGGCACACGACCACUGGAAUCUCCAGAGCCCACCAGAUAUCGUUACCUUCUCCAAGAAGGCCCAAACAGCCGGUUAUUACUUCGGAAAUCCCCAGUUGAGACCAAACAUGGCCUACCGACAGUUCAACACCUGGAUGGGAGACCCAGCCCGCGUCCUCCUCUUCAACACCAUCAUCAAGGAAGUCGAAAGACUAAACCUCGUCCAAAACACCGCCGAAACUGGUGAAUACCUUUACAACGGUCUAGCAGAGCUAUCAAAGAGAUACCCCGGUGAAAUCCAAAACCUAAGAGGAAAGGGACAAGGCACAUUUAUCGCCUGGGACUCUCCACAGCGCGACGCAUUCUUGAAGAAGAUGAAGACCGUCGGUGUUAAUAUCGGUGGAUCAGGCGAGAGUGCUGUCAGACUAAGACCGAUGUUGAUUUUCCAGAAGCAUCAUGCCGAUAUCUUGCUGGAAUCGAUUGAGAAAAUUAUUAAGGCGUAA